AUGCACAUGGCCAGCCCCAGAGAACAGCCUGAAGAUUUUCAUGAAGAGGUAGACUGCACAGGAUUUGCUCUGGAAGAGAUUUCUGUAUUCGUCAAAGACAAAUUAAUCGUUGUCGAGGGUAUACAUAAAAAGUUGCAAGAUGAGCACGGUAAUGUCUACAAAAAUAUGUCAAAGACGUUUCCCGUUUCUGAAACCUACGACUUCAACGAUGCUAAAAUACAUUUAUUCUUGGACGGUACAUUAACUAUCUACAUUCCUUGUAAGGAAAUACCGAAGUAUACCGAAGAAAAAUUACUCGCAGCCAUUGAAUACAUUAAACUGAAUUCUGCUUCACGAUCUAUUCCCUGUGCAACUUCUAAUAAUAAAAAGCUCGUCUUACCAAUUUAUCAGAGCUACGGUGACAACAGUGCCUCCAUCGUUGAGGCACACAAGGAAGAUUUUUAUAAAGAGGUAGACUGCGCAGGAUUUGCUCUGGAAGAAAUCAACGUAUUCGUCGAAGACAAAUUAAUCGUAGUCGAGGGUAUACAUAAAAAAGUGCAAGAUGAGCACGGUAAUGUCUAUAAAAAUUUGUCAAAGACGUUUCCCGUCUCUGAAAACUACGACUUCAAUGAUGCUCAAAUAAACUUAGUCUUGGACGAUACAUUAACUAUCUACAUUCCUUGUAAGGUUGAGCCAUUAGCGAAUGAGAACUGUAGCAUCAAAAGUCUAUACAAAAAUGAACCAACUGAAGAAAUAUAA